AUGGAACUCUCUGAAGAAACCGAGAAUUAUAUACGAGAAUCGAUCGAUGAUAGUCUGGGCCUCGAGGUUUCAUCAGCCGCUCUUCUUCGAAAACUUCGAGCGGUCGAGACUUCCAAUCUGCACCUACGCCGCCAAAACCUGUCCUUGCUCUCCAAGCUUAAAGAAAAAGAUGAACUCAUCGAGAGAUCUAGGGCGGAGGCCAGUAUGAAUGCAAUGGCAUUGAAAAAAUUCGUGGAGGAAAAUCAGAAACUGGCCACUGAGUGCUCGAGUUUGUUGGCAGCGUGCAGCAAUUGGGAGAGAGAGUGCUCCCUUUACGACCAAGAUCGCGAGGCUUUGAUGGACUUUGCUAAUGAGGCGGAUGAGAGGGCCAAGGAAGCUGAAAUUAGGAAUCGUGUUCUGGAGGAGGAGAGGAAGAACUUGGUGGAGGAGCUGAGUUUCUACAAAUUUCAAUCUGAGGGGAAGUCGGUUAAUGUGUCUGCGGAUGAGCUGAAUGUGGAACAAGUUUUACUUGAUUCAUUGUUAACUACUUUGUUCGAGAAGGAUGACACUAUCUCGGCUGCACAUAUCUUUUUGGAGGCAAAUAGUGGAUUGGAUGUUUGCCAGCAGCUACUGAAAAUGUGGAAUAGCUUGAGGCCUUUAAACCAGAAGGUUGUAGCUCUGGCAGCACAAAUGAAACACUUGGAAAAAGAUAAAGAGCAUUUAACAACAAAUCUGCUUAGAGCUGAGGAGGAGGUGAACGCUCUAUUUGAAGAGAACAGCAUGCUAGAUAAGGAGAACAAAAAGUUGAUGCGGCAAUGCUAUAGGGAAAAGCACGGUUGUGGCUCGGGUGGAGGCAGUGUUUCAGGAAAGGGGAAGAGAAAAUCGAGCCCUCGGACGUGCAGCCCGGUAGAGAAAAAGAUCGACUUUGGAGAUAUGAAUAUGCUAAGAGAGCCUCUUUCACCACUGCAAUACAACUCGCCUGAGAGUAGAAUACACAAGAAAUAG